CAUUCAAUUUCCAGCAUCACAUAUUGAAUAAUUAAAGUUUUUCAGAAAAAGAAAACAUGGCAUAUAACUAUGUUGUUACAGCACAAGAGGCAACUGCGAUCAAUGCUACAGUAACUGGUCACUUUACAGGACCAACAGACUUAAAUUUGAUAGUUGCUAAAAAUAAUAAAUUAGAGUUACAUAUGGUAACUCCUGAGGGUCUGCAACCUAAAUUUGAUUUAAAUGUGUAUGGGAGAGUAGCAGUUAUGCAAUUAUUUAGACCUCAAAAUGAAAACCAAGAUUUGCUUUUUAUAUUAACUGAGCGGUAUCGAACUGCUAUAUUAGCUUAUAAAGCAGAAACUGGUGAUAUUAUAACAAAAGCUUAUGGUGAUGUGCAGGAUAAAAUCGGCCGGCCAAGUGACACCGGAAUGAUAGGUAUAAUUGACCCACAGUGUCGAAUGAUAGCUUUACAUAUAUAUGAUGGAUUGUUAAAAGUUAUUCCUUUGGAUCUUGGUUCAAACAUGGAAUUAAAAGCAUUCAAUAUUAGAUUGGAAGAACUUCAUGUUGUUGAUAUUCAAUUUUUAUAUGGUUCGUUUACACAUCCUACUAUAAUUUUAGUGUAUCAGGAUACACACGGAAGGCAUGUUAAAACCUAUGGUAUUUCACUGGCUGAUAAAGAGUUUAAACGGGGACCAUGGAAGCAAGACAAUGUUGAGCUAGAGGCUUGUAUGCUAAUCACAGUACCUAAACCCAUUGAAGGAGCCUUAAUUGUUGGACAUGAGUCCAUUACAUAUCAUAAAGGAGAGACUUAUCUAGCGGUGGCACCUCCCGCUAUGAAACAAAGCUCAUUAAGUUGUUAUGGCCGAGUUGAUAAAGAAGGUUUAAGAUACUUACUUGGUGAUACAUCUGGUCGCAUUUUCAUGCUAUUUUUGGAUUAUCAAACAAAAGCUUCAGAAGUGAAAGAUCUUAAAUUAGAGCUUCUUGGGGAGACAUCAAUUCCACAUUGUUUAACUUAUCUUGAUAAUGGUGUUGUUUUCAUUGGUUCAUGUCUUGGAGACUCACAAAUAGUCAAGUUAAACACAGAGCCAGAUAAAAAAGGCUCAUUUAUUACUAUACUGCGUUCAUUUACAAACCUUGGACCUAUUCUUGAUAUGUGUGUUGUAGAUCUUGAAAGACAGGGGCAAGAUCAACUUGUGACUUGCUCAGGUGCAUUUAAAGAUGGCAGUCUUAGAAUUAUAAGAAAUGGCAUUGGGAUUAAUGAGCUAGCUUCAAUUGACCUUGCUGGAAUAAUGGGGUUAUGGUGCCUAAAGGUAAACUCAAUUAAUUCAGAUCUUCAUGAUACAAUGGUUCUGUCAUUUGUUGGGCAAUCAAGAGUUCUUUCAUUGAGUACGGAGGAAGUUGAAGAAAUAGAAAUAGAGGGAUUUAGUAGUGACAAACAAACGACAUAUUGUGCAAAUGUAAACUUUAAUCAGUUGAUUCAGGUUACAGAGGAAUCAAUAUUGCUUAUAAGUUGUUCAACUCAUAAACUUUUAUUUAACUGGUUGCCACCUGACAAUAAGCAUAUUAGUGUAGCUGUUAGCAACAGUUUUCAAAUAGUUGUGAGUCUUGGCAAAGAAUUAAUUUAUCUAGAAGUUGAAGACUCCAAUAUUAAACAAAUAAGUCAUACAGUGUUAGAAUAUGAAGUAGCUUGCUUGGAUUUAUCUCCUAAAGCAAAUGAAACCACAUCCGACAGGCUAUGUGUUGGUCUGUGGACAGAUAUCUCUGUGCGAAUACUUGCGUUGCCUAACCUAGAAGAACUAUAUGUAGAAAAACUUAGUGGAGAAAUGAUUCCUCGAUCCAUCCUUAUGAUUACAUUUGAAGAUAAAGAAUACUUACUAUGUGCACUUGGAGACGGAUCAUUGUUUUAUUUUUUGUUAAACCGUUUGACUGGUGUUCUUUCUGACCAAAAGAAGGUGUCCCUUGGCACAAAACCAACUGUUAUUCAAUCAUUUAAAUCCGGAUCCUCCACACAUGUAUUUGCUUGCUCUGACCGACCAACUGUAAUUUACUCUAGUAAUAAUAAGCUUGUAUUUUCCAAUGUAAAUUUAAAGGAAGUGUGUUAUAUGAGUCCACUCAACACUCAAGCUUAUCCCAAUAGUUUAGCAAUUGCUGAUAAGAACUGUCUUACCAUUGGCUCAAUUGACGAGAUUCAACAAAAGUUACAUAUAAGAUCUGUACCACUCUAUGAGUCACCUAGGCGAAUAGUUUAUCAAGAAUCAACACAAACAUUUGGUGUAAUCUCUUCACGUACAGAAGUUCGGGAUCUUUAUAGUGGUAAAAACAUAGCCCAACGUCCUUCAGCUAGUAUUACUGCGUCUUGUAUAACAUAUAGUUCUGGUGACAGUAGUCAAGGUAAUCUUACAGGAUCUCAAAAAGACUUUGAAGAAGGUGCAAUUGGCAUGGAAGUUGAAGUUUCUUCAUUUUUAGUAUUUGAUCAACAUACCUUUGAAGUUACACAUUCACAUCAGUUUCUUGAAAAUGAAUGGGCAACUUCAUUGACUUCUUGCUCAUUUUCUAAUGAUCCAAAUACUUAUUAUUGUGUUGGCACUUCAAUGGUUUAUCCGGAGGAGUCUGAACCAAAAGAAGGCAAAAUUAUCUUAUUUCAGCUUUUUGAAGGAAAACUUGUACAAAUUGGCAGCAAAACAGUUAAUGGUGCAGUGUAUGUUCUACAGGGCUUUAAUGGAAAGUUAUUGGCUGGAGUCAACAGCUUGGUAUCUGUGUAUGAAUGGACAUCAGACAAAGAAUUAAAACAAGAGUGCUGCUACCACAAUACAAUUCUUGCUUUAUAUUUGAAAUCAAAAGGAGAUUUUAUCCUUGUUGGUGAUUUAAUGCGCUCUAUGACACUUCUAGCAUACAAACCACUUGGUAGACUUGAAGAAAUUGCUCAUGAUUUUUCACCAAACUGGAUGACAGCAGUAGAGAUUAUUGAUGAUGACACUUUUCUUGGUGCUGAAAAUUCUUUUAACUUAUUUAUUUGUCAAAAAGAUAACUCUUCGGUUAAUGACGAAGAAAGACAUCAUUUGCAAACAAUUGGCAAAUACCAUCUAGGAGAUUUUGUCAAUGUAUUUAAACAUGGUUCUUUGGUAAUGCAUCACAGCACUGAACAGUUGACACCUAUUAGUAGUUCUAUAUUGUAUGGAACAGUACGAGGGGCUAUAGGGUUAGUUGCUGGUUUACCUAAAAACACAUUUGAUUUCCUAUCUCAAGUUCAAGAAAAACUUUCAAAAACCAUUAAAAGUGUUGGUAAAAUUGAACAUGAAUUUUGGCGAUCUUUUUACAAUGACAAAAAAACUGAUUUAGCUGUUGGGUGUGUUGAUGGAGAUCUUAUUGAAAGUUGUUUGGACCUAACAAGGACACAACUGCACGAAGUUGUUAGUGGUUUAGAGAUUGAAGAAGCAGGCAUUAAACGUGAGUGUACUGUUGAUGAUCUUAUAAAAGUAGUGGAGGAGCUUAGUCGAAUCCAUUAAGAAUAUUUUCGACUAUUUUAGUACUCGAUGAUUAAGUUUCUUGUUUUCAAAAAUUUACAGUGUAUAUAAAAAAAACAUUUUCAAGCAAAAAAGAUAUUUAUAUUUUGAA